CUCUCUCCUCCAUCCUCUAUUCCCCGCCCUCUUGCUGCUUCUUCCUCCUUCUCCUCCCCUGGCAGCGCUUCCCUUUCCAGGAUCCUUCACUGACCUCUGGGACACAGCAACCUUGGAUGACAAGCAGCCUGUCCCCUCCCUGCUCCUUCUUCCAUAAGCGGCGGGCUCUCUUCCUUCAUAGGCCCUCUAGGCUUAAUCACCUCAUUUCUAGUAACAGUUUACUACUCCUAGGUGCUCUUCCUCCCACUAAUAACCCCGCAGCCUCCGGUUUCCCCUCACCUAAAUGACAGGCAUUGCCCUCCUCCUGGAAUGGCAGCCUCUUGCACAAAACGCACUCCGUUUUGUCAGCUAUUAUUGUAGUUGUAGGACUUUCCUUUCUAAGGGAACGUGUCACCCUUUAACCAUCUACUUUUGACUGUAGGUUUAAAGCAUUUGGUUUGCCAGGAUUUCAAAGGUCUAGAAGACAGACAGGUCUCCUGUGCCAGUCAUGCCAGUCCCAACAGAAGGGGCCCCUCCACCUCUAAGUGGCACUCCUGUACCUGUUCCUGCCUACUUUCGUCAUGCUGAGCCUGGCUUCUCUCUUAAGAGGCCUGGGGGUUUGAAUAGAAGUCUUCCACCACGGCCUCCUGCCAAGGGGAGUGGUUCUGUCAGCCGAUUCUUUCCCCCUCGUACCCCAGGCUGGAGCCAACCCAGACCCAGAGGAGUUUCAUUCCGGGGUGGGCCCCCAGGAGCAUUGCAAAGCCGGGGCUAUGACCCAGACCGGCCUGAAUCUUUCUUCCAGCAGAGUUUCCAGAGGCUUGGGCGAUUGGGACGGGGUUCCUUUGGGGAAGUCUUCAAGGUUCGCUCCAAGGAAGAUGGUCGUCUCUAUGCAGUAAAACGUUCAGUCUCCCCAUUCCGGGGUCCUCAAGAUCGAGCCCUCAAGUUGGCAGAAGUUGGGGGCCAUGAAAAAGUUGGGCGGCAUCCUCGUUGUGUUCGUCUAGAAAAAGCUUGGGAAGAGGGUGGGCUUCUGUAUUUGCAGACAGAGCUAUGUGGGCCCAAUCUACAACAGCACUGUGAGGCUCGGGGAUCUGGCCUACCUGAGGCCCAGGUUUGGGGCUAUCUUCGGGACACAUUAUUGGCCUUGGCACAUUUGCACAGCAAUGGACUGGCCCACUUGGAUGUCAAGCCAGCUAACAUUUUCCUGGGGCCCCGAGGCCGCUGUAAGUUGGGAGACUUUGGACUGCUGGUGGAGCUGGGGACAGCUGGGCCUGGUGAGGCCCAAGAGGGUGACCCCCGUUAUAUGGCUCCAGAACUGCUGCAGGGUUGCUAUGGGACUGCUGCAGAUGUGUUCAGCUUGGGCCUUACCAUUCUGGAAGUCGCCUGCAACAUGGAGCUGCCUCGUGGUGGGGAGGGCUGGCAGCAACUCCGGAGGGGCUAUCUGCCCCCUGAGUUCACUGCUGGCCUGUCCUCUGAGCUGCGCUCUGUCCUCACCAUGAUGCUAGAACCAGACCCCAAGAAGCGUGCCACGGCUGAAACCCUUUUGGCCCUGGAGGUCAUAAGGAAGCUGAGGCACUGGGGACCCUUGGGAGGCUUAGCCAGUGAGAUCCUGAGUCGAGGUCGAGCCUUAUGGCAAGGUUUCCUUUCUCUGCUAUGCUGGUUAUGGCACAGUCUGGCCAACCCUGCAACCUGGCUCCGCCCCCUGGGUCCUCCAGCCACACCUCCUAGCUCCCCACUUUCUAGCCUCCUUCUAGACAGUAGUAUCUCCAGUGACUGGGAAGAUGACAGCUUGGGCCCUCCACUGUCUCCAGCGAUGAUCCUAGCCCGCUCCCCUGGGGGCACUUCCACCCCUCGAAAUGGUUCCCCUGAUGUCAGAGGUGGACGGAGGAUAAGGGACCCCCUGGACCUAAGUGGCAUCAGCCCGGAGCUGCCCCAGGGUCCCUCCUUUGAGCCCCGGAACCUCCUCAGCCUCUUUGAGGACUCACUUGACCCCAACUGAGCCCAACCAAACCCUAGUCUGUUUUUAAUCUUUUUAUCCUUGUUCUUCACUCCAGGGCUCUUUACUUUGGGGGCACUUCUGUAUAUAGGCCUAUGCUUUCCAUAAGGUGGGGAGGGGUUGGCAGCAGGGAAGGGACAGUUCUUCUAGGAUCCCUUCUGUAAAUUUUGGAGAUGGCAUAGUCUAAUAAUAAAAACUGUUUCAGUCUAGGGACUCUUGGUUGUUCUUGUAAUUGAGAAUAUUAGAAAUUGCCUUUAUAGUAUCUUUAAGGAAUGACCCCCCCCCCCAAAAAAAAAACAAAAACAAAAAAACAAACAAUUCCCCGAUCAGCUCAUCCUGCUCCAUUUAUUGAUUUUAUCCUUAGUUAUUCCAACCCUAGAGAUAGGGUCUAGGGUGGGAGACAUUUCUGUUCCAAAAUGCUAGUCCUCAUUCAAGAAGACUGAUGAUUGGAGCUGCAUCUUCGUUGUCAGGGAUGGAGAGGUUUCCAAAUCUUACAAGACCAACAGUCAAAGAGCACCAUCCUCAGGCAAAAAGUGCAGGCAUUUAGACCUGGGCAGUUUCAGUCCACAGGUGAGGCUUAAAGUUUGCUUGGGCAUUUAAAAAACCCUCUGGAUUCGUCUUA